AUGUAUGAGUUUUACAGACAGCUAAUGGUUGGAAAGGCUCUUGAGAAGAUAAUAGAUGAGAAAGUGAAUUCUAAUGUGUUAACCCCAAAUCAAGGGAAAUACAUUCUUGAGGCAUUUGAUCUGAGUGUCCCUAUUGUAUUCAACAAAUCUGUAACCAACUCUAUGAGCUUCAAAGGAAAGGUAGACUUUUACAACCAUGUGGAUGGGGUAUGGAGAUUUCAGACAAAAGAUUUUGUGAUGUCCUUAAACAACGAGUACUUCAGGGCAGGGGAUGUUAAUAUUGUUGCAUGUGAUGCUGACAUCAACAUGGAUGCAGGAAGAAGAAGAAGAAGAAGGGGAUGA